GCCGGCUGGUGGCGCCGGGGUGGGGUGGCAGUUUUCUGGUCGAAGCAGGCGGCCUCUACAACAGUUGCGCCUCUGCUAUUUUGGUGUUCUACUAGUUGUUAUUCUUCUUUUUUGGUCGUUCGUAGCCUCUGUGUCGUUGUGCUGCUCCGCCUUGGUGGAGUUAGGCGGUGUCCCGGGCCGUCUCGGACUUGUCCGUGUGGCGGGGUCGGUCCCCCACCCCUCCCUUUUUUUUUGGGGGCGGUGCCAUCAGGUUUUUGCCGUUGUGAUUUGCGUUUUCUACGUGUGCUGGUGGUGGUUGCGCUUUUGUUUGCGGCACCGCGCGUUGCGCUCUGGCUGCGAGCCUCUGCCUCCCAUUGGUUUGGUUGGGCUGGCCCAGGUGCGGGGUUUUGGAACAAGAUGCCCUUGGCAAUGAGGGCCGCCUUCAUAUGUCGUCAGGGUGUGGAGUAUAUGAAUUUGAUGCAAAGAAACCAAACUCACUCACUAAAUGUUUGA